CCGACUGGCUGGCCAUGGAAUGCGCCGCCCGCCAAUCAUUCUUCCGUCCGAGCUUGAAAUAGCCUGGAUAGCUGUGUCUAAAUCUGUUACGGCAAGCGUUGGCGCGCGAUUGCUGUGAACCGUUCAUUGUUCCGGCGAGGCAGCGUGUACGGAGAAGCACGGCACUUUCUUUCUUGCCUUUGACCAUGUCACAAGCCGACGAGCAACAGACCGACAAGCGAGACACCGAUGAAUCAACUCUAGAGCGCGAGAGGGCCAGCGGGAACAAGCUCUGGAGUGUCUACAUCUCGGAGGCGCAGAGCUACGAUAAAGGCCUCAUCGAUGGCUGGCGCGACGAGAUGGAUGGAAUGCUGCUCUUUGCGGGUCUCUUCUCUGGCGUCGUUGCGACAUUCAUCAUUGAUAGCUACAAGACCUUGAACCCGGACUCAGGCAGCCAGACCGUUGCGCUGCUUACCCAGAUCUCGCUUCAGCUCGCGAACAUGCAAAACGGCACGGCAGCAACAGACACACUCCCUCCCGCCACUCCAUUCUCGCCCCCGGUCUUAGCUCUCGUCUACAAUGCGCUCUGGUUCACCAGUCUUGCGCUGAGCUUGUCGAGCGCACUCGUCGCGACUCUGGUUAAGCAGUGGGCACAGGAGUACCAGCACCGCACAUCCAUGUUCUCCUCCCCCUCUGUCCGCGCGCGCGUGUACAUGUAUCUUUACUACGGUUUGCGCCGCUUCAACAUGCAUGCUGUCG